AGCAUUGGACACUUUUCCACCUUGCUGAUGGCAUUUUAAAUGUAUUUGUCAAUUUUCCCAAAUUUUAACUGAAGAAAAUUCUUGAGGACUAAAGAGUGACUCUGCCAAUUAUCAGGCUUUCAGGAUGAAUCUGGAAAAGCUCAGCAAGCCUGAACUCCUGACACUUUUUAGUAUUCUUGAAGGAGAGCUUGAAGCAAGGGACCUUGUUAUAGAAGCUUUAAAGGCCCAGCACAGAGAUACUUUUAUUGAAGAACGCUAUGGGAAAUAUAAUAUCAGUGAUCCUUUGAUGGCUCUACAGAGAGAUUUUGAAGCGCUGAAGGAGAAAAGUGAUGGUGAAAAGCAGCCGGUCUGCGCAAACCCACUGUCCAUUCUCAAGGUGGUGAUGAAGCAGUGCAAGAACAUGCAGGAGCGCAUGCUGUCCCAGCUGGCCGCUGCCGAGAGCAGGCACCGAAAGGUGAUCCUAGACCUUGAGGAAGAAAGGCAAAGGCACGCACAGGAUACAGCUGAAGGAGAUGACGUCACCUACAUGCUAGAGAAGGAAAGAGAGAGGCUGACCCAACAGUUGGAAUUUGAAAAGUCCCAAGUGAAAAAGUUUGAAAAAGAGCAGAAGAAGCUCUCUAGUCAGCUAGAAGAGGAGCGCUCCCGCCACAAGCAACUCUCAUCCAUGCUGGUGCUUGAAUGCAAGAAAGCCACCAGCAAGGCAGCCGAGGAGGGGCAGAAAGCAGGAGAACUGAGCCUGAAACUGGAGAAGGAGAAGAGCCGGGUGAGUAAACUGGAGGAGGAGCUGGCAGCUGAGAGAAAGCGAGGCUUGCAGACUGAAGCCCAGGUGGAGAAGCAGUUGUCUGAGUUUGACAUCGAAAGGGAACAACUGCGAGCAAAACUGAACCGAGAAGAGAACCGAACCAAAACCCUGAAAGAAGAAAUGGAAAGCUUGAAAAAGAUAGUGAAGGACCUAGAGGCUUCUCAUCAGCACAGUGGUCCUAAUGAGCAGCUGAAGAAAACAGUAACUGUAUCCAAAGCCACAGCAACUGAGCCUCUCAUGCUUGUGUCUGUAUUUUGCCAAACAGAGAGUUUUCAGGCAGAAAGAACCCACGGGAGCAGCAUAGCCAAGGUGACACACACUGGCCUGCCUGGUCCUACCACGCCUACUUACUAUUAUGCAAAAACCAAUGGCCAUUGUGAACCAGAAGUACAAACUACCAGGGAGCUGAUUGUAGGCAACAGUGUAGAAAACCAAUUGCCUGCACGGGAAAAAUCUGUGGCGUUAGCCCAAGAGAAACCAGUGGAGAAUGGUGGGUUUCCUGUGGGAAUUGAGACUCCAGUCCAAAUGCCCAGCCACCUCCCCUCCAGUGGGAGCUCACCAUCUCCCAGCAGCACAGCCUCCUCCUCUCUAACAUCCUCUCCUUGCUCUUCGCCAGUACUAACUAAGCGUUUACUGGGGUCAUCAGCCAGCAGCCCCGGCUACCAGUCAUCCUACCAAGUAGGGAUCAACCAGCGGUUCCAUGCAGCUCGACACAAAUUUCAGUCCCAAGCAGAUCAGGACCAGCAAGCCAGUGGUCUACAGAGUCCUCCCUCCAGGGACCUGUCCCCCACCCUCAUAGACAACUCUGCCGCCAAGCAGCUGGCCCGAAACACAGUCACUCAGGUGCUCUCCAGAUUCACUAGCCAACAAGGACCAAUCAAGCCAGUGUCUCCCAACAGCUCUCCUUUUGGCACAGACUAUCGAAAUUUGGCCAACACUGCCAAUCCAAGAGGUGACACCAGCCAUUCACCUACUCCAGGGAAAGUAUCCAGUCCUCUGAGCCCCCUGUCUCCAGGAAUCAAGUCCCCUACUAUUCCCAGAGCUGAGAGAGGAAACCCUCCACCCAUCCCACCCAAGAAACCUGGUCUUACCCCUUCUCCAUCUGCUACCACUCCACUAACCAAAACUCAUUCCCAGGCAUCCUCUUUGACCACUACAGAAGACCUUGCCAGCAGCUGUUCUUCCAAUGCUGUCGUAGCCAAUGGCAAGGAUGUUGAGAUACUUUUGCCUACCAGCAGCUAGUCCCUAGGAGGAAGUCUCCACUUUUGACAUUCCAUCAGAUUUCGUCCAAAAGCUCAGAGUCAGACUAUUGAGUCAGAUUAUGUUAUUUAUUUUGAUAGUAGCUGAACCCAUCUGUAUAAUACAUUUAGUGUAUUUCACCUUUUUGUAUUUUUUUAAGUAGGAACUGAGUAGAUUGGAUUUUUAUGGCUCACAUCUUUUUACUGAAGCUAAAAGGGCACCUCAAAGACAUCUCAAGCUCAGCAGUCACCGUCGUUUUGUGUUGGAGAAAGCUAAUUGAAUACCAGGUGGUGAUUUGCUGUCUAUUUUGGGACUAGAAUCACUCAACACUCAUUUUGAAUUAUGCAGAAGUGGUUCAUGCAGAUUUUUAUUCCAGAUGAAUUAUGUUUUUAAAGUGCCUGAUAUAUGACUGUCAUAUGAAUGUGAUUCUGCAGCGAAAACACAAAACGGAUCAUUUAAUUGCAGAAAAUGAGAUCCUCUAUGAAUUCUGAAUGUUGAAAAACCAACACUGCUUUUAAUCCUCUCUGACUGUUUUUAAAUGAGCUUUGUGUUCUGAAACAAGGCUGAAUAAGUAGAAUGGGAAUCCUUCUAAAGGUGGGUGUGAACUCACCACAAAGCUGAGCUUUAUAGAGCCCUUGAGAGCCCUCCAGAGCACUAAGCAGUUGAGGUGCUGAUUUUUCUUGUACUUUUGAAAAAUUAAGUCACUCCCAGUUUCCUGCAUAAAGUCUUGAAUAGAAUGAAAUCACAUCUCCAUUCAGAAAAAUGUGUUUCAAGCAUCUACUGUCAUUUAAGGAACUUCUGAUUCUGAUUGCUGUUACUUGAAUAGGAAAUGGUUACUCAUUCUGUAUAAAAGUUUUGCAACAGAAUGAAAUAUUUACUCUGUAAUCAAAAAGCAAUAACUUAAAAUUUCUUCUUUGUAAUGUUAUAAGUUAGAAUUAUACAAGUUUUACCAAAUUGUUACUUUUAUUCUCCAAGCUGCCAGCACUUGGUGUCUGUAUCCGUGGAACCAAAUUAACUUUUGCCUAAAUGGAAGUAUAGAUACAUAUACCCCUUUUACAUGUUUAACAUACACACGCUUAAACACAU